UCCCCCACUCUCCCCACCCACAAGCCACACUUGGUUAAAUAUAAUAAUCGUUUGAUUUAUUUUGUUAUAAAUGUUUUGUUGCAGUGAUGGUUACAGUGUUUAAGGAUCACUGUGUUGACAUAAUUUAACAUUUGCAUUGUUACAAAAUUGUCAUUUGUUGUUCUAUAAAUUAUCUUAAAAUGAACCUACUUCAAAGGAAAGUAUUACGGACAGGAUUGAUAGCCAAUAUACAAAAAUGUCAGUUGUUUGGUACUACAAGUACACUUCAACAGAAUCAAGCAGAAGCACAAGCUAAGUCAACCAUUGAUAGCAAAGAUGUACAUCACCAUGAAGGUCUCAUGAAGACUUGGUGGGAUGAACUCGGACCCAUCAAACCAUUACACAGCAUGAAUUUAGUGAGAGUACCAUUCAUAAGAGAUGGUCUAGUCCCAUGUUCACCGGAGGAAAGAAAUGCGGCACCAUUACGUGAUAAAAAAAUUUUAGAUGUUGGUUGCGGUGGAGGAAUUCUUUCCGAGGCUUUGGCGAAAAUAGGAGCAUCAGUAACGGGCAUAGAUGCUGGUAAAGAUUUGAUAGACCUGGCCACAGAGCACAGUAAAAUGAAUCCCAAACUAGCAAACAAUCUCCCUUCAUACAUCUGUACAAGUGUUGAGGACCAUUGUAAGGAACGUAAAAAUUACUAUGAUGCAGUUGUAGCUUCGGAAGUAAUAGAACAUGUGAACAAUCAAGAAUUAUUUCUGAAGAGUUGCAUUGAAGCGGUCAAGACCGGAGGAAAGAUAUUCAUUACAACACCAAACAGAUCACGAGCAACGCAGUUCUUUGGUAUAUUUCUAGCUGAAUAUGUCUUCAAUCUUAUACCAAAAGGAACUCAUCAAUAUGAGAAAUUUUUAACAGUGCCUGAAUUGACAUUUUUACUAGAACGAAACAACUGUCACGUAGAAUCAACAUGUGGCUUAAUUUAUCGACCAUUGUCUAACAAAUGGGAGUUUUCAACCUCACAGCUUAUCAUGUUUGCGCUUCAAGCUAGAAAGUUGGAAUAAGAAAAGACAAAAGGCUACUUGCAACGACGACCAUAGACAACGAAAUAUUAUUUCCUAUGUU